GGCACUCGGCAGUGAAUUCCCUCUGUUCUCCCUGGAAGUUCUCCUGGUCAAAGACAACAAUCUGAAAAGGAAGCAAUGAAGCAAAAGGAGGCAACGGUCGCUCACCUGUGUCCCAUCUCAGGCCUCCCAACUCUUCCCCCAGGCGGUGGGGCUGCCAGCUGCCAUGAGCCAACAGAGUCGGAAGUUCUCCGGCCUUUGGAAGAUUGUGGCUUGGGAUGAGGCCGACUUCCAGGGCCAGAGGCAGGAGUUCGCUUCCGAGUGCUACGACAUCGCUUCCUGUGGCUUCAACAACGUGGGCUCUGCCCGCGUGGAGAGUGGCACGUGGGUGGGCUUCGAGCAUCCCGGCUUUCAGGGCCAGCAGUUUGUGCUGGAGAGCGGGAGCUACCCCUCCUGGGAGGCCUGGAGCGGAAACAACGCCUACCACGUCCAGCGGAUGACCUCCUUCCGGCCCAUCUCCUGUGCGAACCACCGGGAGAGCAAGAUGACCAUCUUUGAACAGGAGAACUUCUUGGGGUCCAAAGGGGAGCUGAGCGAGGACUGCCCCUCCCUCAAGGCCCUGGGCUGGAAGAGCAACGAGGUGGGGUCCCUCCGCGUCCACUCGGGGGCCUGGGUGUGCUCUCAGUUCCCCGGGUAUCGGGGCUUCCAGUAUGUCGUGGAAAGCGACCACCACGGGGGUGAGUACAAGCACUUUCGGGAGCUGGGGUCCCACGCCCAGACCUUCCAGGUGCAGUCGGUCCGCCGGAUACACCACUGAGCCGGGAGGCGCCCACUGACAGCAGGCCUGCCCAAGCCGAGGACCGCCUCUGCCCUCGCCCGGGGCCGGCGACACCCGCGCACCAGCUGCCGGCUGCUUCCUCCUCCUGUUUGAUCACUAAAGGUGGAUUUCCA